GAAUCCCAGAAUCCCAGAAUUGUAGAAGUUUAGUUGUACCUGAGUCACAUCUACUGAGACACUGAGAGACAAGCAGUGAAUUUCACUCCAAACUUCACCACAAGGCAUCGGAGAUAAUUGACCAUAACUCAACAUGGAAUCAUCAGGAACUUCCCAGACAGGAGCCAUGCCUGAGUUCAACGUCCGUCACGCUGUUUCCCAACUGAUCCUCUCCUUUUUUAAAGGGAUGACAGAGGAACAGUGGGGACUGUUGAAGUCAUGCAAACCCGAUGACAGCACCACAACCAUGAUGGCAGAGCUGCUGUUGGAAAUCAUAGCGGCCAUGACGAAAGCCUUCUUGAUUGGUUUGGACACCGUCAACAGACAGUGGAUGGAGGACGGUGCCAAAAUCGAUCUGGGCGACGUGAUCUCUCAGGGUUUUGCCGAAGCUCUGGGCGUUGAUGACGCAGUUCAGUGUCCCAGCUCCAAAAUCUUGACACAGUUGAUCGCUCAAGAUGUUUCGGAGAGCGUCCAAAGUGCCCUCUCCAGUCCCGAGGGCAUAAUUCAGCGCCUCACUCCUCCCAGCAGACUCAACGACAUGAUUCUGCACGCCUGUAAAAUGUGCAAGGUGUUCAUCGGGAAGAUGAAGUCUGUGUUCUCACCUCGACCACGCAAACAGAGGACCACCUCCGAAGAAUCGGACACGGAACCAGAACCCUCAGACGCUGAUGACCGCUUUGCCAGAGCGUGCAUCCAUCGUAUCGUGGCACAAAUGAUGAACCGAUUCCACCGGGACUCUGAAGUUCACAGCAGGGAGUCAGCGAAGUCUCUUACGAAGAAGAUUAACCAUCUGUUAAAAGACAACCGUGAUCUUCUGGGACUUGUUGAUCCACACACGGACAUUCCCAGUGAUCGAGUCUUGGAGUUCACAAAGCUCUUGAGUGAUCUCCUCUACAGACACAUCGUAGAUGGGCCAGAGAUCCUCCCGGCUUCAAUCCAAGAGCCGGUAAAACAUGCUGGCAUGCUUGCUGACUUGCAGAGGAAGGUCUUCGGUUUCCUGUCACUGACCAGAUGGUGGCAGAUCUUUAAGGCCGGUGACCUCGCUGACAAGAUGAGAGACGUUAUACAGGGCACUGAGUCCCAACCUUUGGCAAUUCCUGCACAGCCUGGCCCAGUAUGUGUGAUGAAGAGUCGUGAUGACUCUCCACGUGCAGCGAGGAAAGAAAAAAACAGAAUCUGCGUUGAGACGUUCUUGGAGACGCUGGUUAUGAGGAUCUUCAAGAAGGCAAAAGUUACCUGGACCAUUUCAAACGUCCAGGACAUCAUCCAGCGCCUUCUUGAGAGAACGUUGGCCGAAGUCGAGGGUGUAGACUUUGAAUGCGGCCCAGAAACAUUCGGAGACCUCGAAAAGACCAUUUGCCGGGACCUUUGUAAGAAGUGGGGCAAUGCAGCAUGGCUGCUGGUGUCCUUGAAAUCGGACAAACCAGCACUUGGAGACUGUAUUGCCUCCUCUGUCAAAGAUCACCUGAUGGCACCACGGAGAGAGAGGUCCUUCAUGCGCAGGUUCUUUCCUUCCCUGCUCACCGCCAUGACGAUGGGGGAGGGGUUGGUUUUAUUUAGUUCUGCUGAUUCAGGGAAUUUUGUAUGAAGCACAAUAAAAAGUACAAAGAAAAGUGUGUUGUUUUGCAACAGUAUUUUUUCUUAUGAAAACUACUUGCAUCAGCCUUAACGGCCUCACUGUGUGGAAGUGACUGGGAUCAUUCUUUUAUGUGUAAGGCA